AUGCGAUUCCUGGCAGCGCUGCAACUGGGGCUGUUGCGCAGACAACUCAUGGUUUAUUCAAUGCAAAGCUGGCGAGGUUCCAGUGGCAAUGGUAACUAGACCCCACCUAGCUAGCGCAGACAAUGCCAAGGCUCCUGGGCUCAGUCUUUACACUCCCCAGCUCACAUCAGUGGAAGCAAGGAGAAUUAUUCAUUGAGGAAACAAGCCACAGAGUUGCUGCGCCCAACGCUUGACCCAUAAAAAGAUCUCUCUAUCUGGUCUAAGGACCAAGACCUCUGUCCCAUGAGCUCUCCUCUUCACAUGUACAAAACAUCCCCCCAAAAUCUGCACAGCAUGUCUGGCAGUUUGGGAAGAGGAAUAUCCCCACAGUUUAACAUAUUAGAACCUUGUUGCCCUGGGAUGAAAUAUGUUAACUGAUGUUUAAUGGGUGCCUCUGUUGGCUCUACAGGGACGCGGGUGGCGCUGUGGGUUAAACCACAGAGCCUAGGACUUGCUGAUCAGAAGGUCAGCAGUUCGAAUCCCCGCGACGGGGUGUUGCUCGGUCCCUGCUCCUGCCCACCUAGCAGUUCGAAAGCACGUCAAAGUGCAAGUAGAUAAAUAGGUACUGCUCCAGCAGGAAGGUAAAACGGUGUUUCCGUGUGCUGCUCUGGUUCGCCAGAAGCGGCUUAGUCAUGCUGGCCACAUGACCCGGAAGCUGUACACCGGCUCCUUCGGCCAAUAAAGUGAAAUGAGCGCUGCAACCCCAGAGUCGGUCACGACUGGACCUAAUGGUCAGGGGUCCUUUACUGUUGGCUCUAGUGCCAACCCAACAGAGCUGAACUUUAGGGAAGCUUUUAAUGUUUGAUGCAUUACUGUAUUUUAAUAUUUUGUUGGAAGCCGCACCAGAGUGGCUGGGGAAGCCCAGCCAGAUGGGCGGGGUAUAAAUAAUAAAUUAUUAUUAUAUUAUUAUUAUAACUUGAUGGGUGAAUUCUCUCACCGCUCCAUCAGUGCUUCUGUCUCACCUCCCAUCUCCCAAAGGGACCCAUGUAAUUAAAGAACACAGUAAGAGACGACUGGAUCAGGCCAAUGGCCCAUCUAGUCAAGCAUCCUGUUCUCACAGUGGCCACUCAGAAACCUGUGGGAAAGAAGCAAGUAAGACCUGAGCACAAGAUCCUUCUCCCCUCUUGUGGUUUCCAGCAACUGGUAUUCCAAAACAUUUCUGCCUGCAACCAUGAUGGCAGAGCAAAGCCAUCAUGGCUACCAGCCAUCGAUCGCCCUCUCCUCCAUGAAUUUGUCUAAUCCUCUUUUAAAACCAUCAGAGUUGGUGGCCAUCACUGCCUCCUGUGGGAGCGAGUUCCAUAGUUUAACUAUGCACUGCACAAAGAAGCACUUUCCUUUAUCCGUCCCAAAUUUUGCAUGUAAACAAGGAGUGGGUUCCACUUUUCAGCCUGAGUGCCACAUUCCCUCGUGGGUGACCAUUGGGUGUGUGCCAGUGGGAGGUGAUGCCAGAGACAAAAGUGGGCAGAGCACUGAAUGGGACUCUUUGUGCAGUAUGCAGCAUUUCAACUACACAACAGUCAGAGGUUUCCACACAUGCUCAUGCCUUUCUCCAUUGAGACAAGCAAGAGGCAUUACCACAAUUCCAUGACACAUUCCACUCAAGCUGAAGCACUUGAAAAGGGUGAGAAAGCAGGAGGUAGAGCUGAUGGAGGUGAGUGUGAUGUAGUGGUUAAGAGCGGUAGACUUGUAAUCUGGGGAACUGGGUUCGUGUCUCUGCUCCUCCACAUGCAGCUGCUGGGUGACCUUGAGCUAGUCACACUUCUCUGAAGUCUCUCAGCCCCACUCACCUCACAGAGUGUUUGUUGUGGGGGAGGAAGGGAAAGGAGAAUGUUAGCCGCUUUGAGACUCCUUAGGGUAGUGAUAAAGCGGGAUAUCAAAUCCAAACUCUUCUUCUUCUUUAACACCUAAGGAAACAUUGCUAUCAUCCUCCUUUGUUAUUGGUCAAAUGGGGGGGAAAGAAAUAUAUAUAAAAAUAAAAAAUUGUCCAGUAGCACCUUUAGAGACCAACUACCGGUAAGUUUGUUCUUGGUAUAAGCUUUCGUGUGCAUGCACACUUCUUCAGAUACACUGAAAAGAGUUCAUUAGAUGAACGAAUCUUGUUCUUCCCCUCAGUGGAAGUACCAUCUGCGCAGCAGUGAAGAGCACAGAAAACAAUGCCAAGUGACGCAGGUGUGAAGGCAUUCAUAAUGCCCAAGAGAAAGCAACAGCAGCCAUGGAGAGCUCACAAGGGGUAGCGCAUCUCAAUGGCCAUGGCUCAGACCAGGCAACAGUGUAUAGCAACCGUCUCCCAUCCAUGUCCUCAGCUGAUAUUACAGCAGCCAGCCACCUCCUCCUCACUCCUGUUGCUGCUAGCAUUGCUCUCAUUUGUGUGGUUGAAGGCUUCCUUUACACCAACAGAGUAUGCUGGGCAGUGCAGGCACUAUACAUUUUCCUGAAGAAGACCUGUCUUUGCCCAGGUUUACAUGCAGAGUAGGGUGGAAAAGGUAAAGGAAUAGGGAGAGGCUUGAGUCUGGGAAAAAGGCAGGAUAUAAAUAAAUAAAAUAGAUAAGUGAAUAAUAAAAAGUGGCAAGGUCAGGGCAGGUACUGUAACAGAAGACUGACUAGUCAUAGGCAGAGUUGUAAAGUAAAGCUAUAGUGAUCCAGGAAAAGCUUUUUGUGUGUGUGUGUGUGUGUGUGUGUGUGUGUGAAGUGGGCUUUGAAGGGGAAUGAAUGAUGGCUACAGGCAUUGCAAACAAAGAGGUGCAAAGUCCCUUUCCCUUUAUAUCUUUUCAAUAUUGUGAGCCUGAGGGAUGGGCUUGCCUUGUGUUUUGUUGUGUAAACUGCUUUGGAAGCUAAUCUAACAAAAAAAAGAGGUAAAAAGGCUUUAAAUAAACAUUGUUAGUGCAGUAUAGCAGCUCAGAUCAGAUAAGGACCAGGGAAAUCCAGGUUCAAAUCCACACUCAGUCACGAAACUCACUAGGCAACCUUGGGACAGAGACUACCCUUCAGCCUAACCUACCUCACACAGUUGUUAAGGUUAAAUGGGGUGAGAAUUGUGUGCACUGUCUUGAGCAUCUUAGGGCUCCUCUGGGGCAAGUGGAAAACCUCUUGAACCCGCGCUUUCUAGGCAUGGGGCAAGCAAAGUUUUGAAGAGCCCUUAGAGCAGGGGUCAGCAACCUAAGGCCCAUGGGCCACAAGCGGCCCACAGGGGUCCUUUAACUGGCCCAUGAGCCACCCCUGAACCAAGCCGCUGCUCGGCGUGUCCCCGUGUGCUGCACUAAACCGGCGCAACGCGGUGUGGGGACUUGCUUCCGCGGUGCACAGAUGCUGAAAAUCGCGUCUACGAAGAUGCAGGAAAUCGUGGGCGCACGCGCUCACACGUGCGCGCAAUCUGACCCACAGAGGGAUCUCUGCUGGAGUGAACCGGCCCAGGCGAGGUAAACCUUGCCGACCCCUGCCUUAGAGGAAGGGAGGAGUAUAAAUGUACUGAUACGGACCAACUGAAUCCCCACUGAUUUCACUGGGUCUCAUCUAAGCAUGACUGAGGGCGCGUUCAUGUUACUGCUUACUCUGCAUCCACUGCACUCCCACUGCUAGUUUUGCAGCCACAUUCACACAGCUAGCCACCAUCUGUAUUGAUCCUGAUGUCAUGAAUCCCAUAGAGAUGUCAUGCAGGGGGUGGUCAGACCCUGUGGAGGGUGCUAGUGGGAUGAGGGAUGCAAAACUGGGUCCCCACUAAUUGUUUGAGUCCAGAGAUGAGGGCAGUAGACUAGGGAAAGGAGAUCUGUAUAUGCAGGGCAGGGCUUCAGCAGACUGGCAGAGGAGUGUUCAGGGUUCAGUGGCUUUACUCUCAACCUCAACUUUUGCCUCCUUCUCUGCACAAGAACUCUCAGCUGGGCUCUUCCCUUCAUGGCAAAGCUCUGCUCCCAAGGCACAGCUGGAUCCUAGCAAACUUGUUUGCUGCGUCCUAGCAAACUGGUUGCAGCUUUUUCAGUUAGACUGUGUACAGUAUACCCUGAAAGUACAUAGAAUCAGAGAACUGUAGAGUUGGAAGGCACACUGAGGAUCAUCUAGUCCAACCCCCUGCCAUGCAUUCAAAGCAUAUUCAAAGAAUUCAGGGCACUGCAAUUCACCCCUCACACAUAUCCCUCCCUGCCCCCAAACCCUGCUUCCUAAUCCGGAUCCUCCUGAUAAGAGCUGGUUGUGGUCCAGCAUCAAUAAGGACAAUGGAACUCAGCAUCCGCAGAUGUACAGAAUCAGUCUGUUUUGUUUUGUUUUAACUUGGCAGGUGAAGUCCUGGUAGCACAGAAACCACCAGAAUCUUUGUUCCCUGCGGCUAAGUUUUGAUCCGCCUUGGCUUGAUGACUUAGCCACGUUGGAGGCGCUCUUUCAGUGUAGGAUCUGGGUGGCUCCUGCCCCUUUAAGAAAGGGCUGCUGCCACGGCAUGACUCAGCAUUCUACCGAAGAGGCUGAGCUGCUUUCUUUGGCUCACGGAAAUUUCCGGCAGUGAAUACAACGCGGGACGGGAUCCUCCUCCUCCUCCACUGGGCUUCUGCUGGGGACACGAGAAGGCGACACCUGCUAGGGCUUCGUGAUCCUACUUCCCACUUACCCGAGAGUAAGUCCAGUGAUUUCAGUGGGGCUUCAGUGGUUAGGGUCGCGCGGUUAGCCCCCUCCCCAGCAUGCAAAAAAUAAAUAAAAAUGCCAUGUUUAGCGUGGGUGGCGGAGGGAAGAGAAGGAAGGGGGCGUGCCAGUCCAACUGAUCUGCUUUGUCUUUUCUUCAUCUUUUUUUCUAGUGCCUGGAAAAUAUACGAUCACGUAUUUCCCCGUACGCGGUGAGUGCAAAAUCACGGAGCUAAAGACUUGGAUGAAUUCAUGCCCCACCCCCACCCCAUGAUCAUGAUGGGAUUGGACCCCUCUUUAGUAGAGGAAGUGUUGCGGCAACCUCAGAAUAAUUCAUUUACAGUACAGCCGGACCUUCGCCUAUUAUGAUUGCUCGAAAGCAGCCCUGUUUGACCUCCGUGAGGUUUUUCACUUUGGAAUAGUUUUCUGGAAGGGGACAGGAUGAGAGAGAAGAUGGCGGGUGCUUCUUAAAGCACAGUGGGCAGACCUCAGGCACCUUGUGAGAAUUAACGAACCAGUGUGUUGUGUGUUCACACCUGAUGAUUUGGGUUUCUGCCUCUCCUAGGGCGCUGCGAGGCCAUGAGGAUGUUGCUGGCUGAUCAGGGGCAGGAGUGGAAAGAGGAUGUGGUAACCAUGGAGAUUUGGACCAAGGGUGACCUCAAGAAAUCUUGUGUGAGUAUAAAUAGUAAACUCUGGAGUUAGGAUUUGGGGUUUUUUGGGGGGUGGGCAGUGAAUCCUGUUCUUGUGAGAAAUGGGUUUUCCUAGGCUCUUCACACUGGUCCUUUGCUCCUCUGUCUACACACUGGAAGCUACAGGCCAACCGGGCCCCUCUCUCACUGAGAAAUAGGUAUAGGAUGUCCAGUCACUAACCUUUCUGCCUUUCCUCCCCUUCCUCACCAGGUCUUUGGCCAGCUGCCUAGAUUUCAGGAUGGAGACUUUCUGCUGUACCAGUCCAACGCGAUCCUGCGCCACUUGGCAAGGAAUCACGGUGCGGUUGGUGAUAAGCAGGGGUGCAAGUAGAAGUGGCGUGUGUAGACCUGGGUUUAUGGCAAAUCUGUGCUGGUUGCCUCUCCAAGGGAGAGCUGCAUGCAUAUGGAGGAGAUGCGUGUCUGUAAAUUUGCCUCUUGGGUGGGUCAGCAGGUGAAAAGAUGGCGAUAGUGGUGGUAACAGAAGAUAGCACUAAUUUGUGUUCACCUGUGAUUUGGGUGUUUAUUUAGACGUAUAUUAAUUGUAAGGUAAAGGUAAAGGUACCCCCUGCCCGUAUGGGCCAGUCGUGUCCGACUCUAGGGUUGCGUGCUCAUCUCGCUCUAGAGGCCGCUCUAGAGGCGCCGUCCGAAGACACUUCCAGGUCACGUGGCCAGCGUGACGAAGCUGCAGCUGGCGAGCCAGACCAGCGCAGCACACAGAAAAGCUGUUUACCUUACCGCUAUAAAGCGGUACCUAUUUAUGUACUUGCACUUAAGAGUGCUUUCGAACUGCUAGGUGGGCAGGAGCUGGGACCAAACGACGGGAGCUCACCCCGCGGCGGGGAUUCAAACCGCCGACCAUACGAUCAGCAAGUCCUAGGCACUGAGGUUUUACCCACAGCGCCACCACCACUUUAAUAUUUGAAUGAUACAAGUAUUUUUCUGAGUAAAUAAAUACCAGCCAUAAGUCCUGACAAAAAUAAAAGCAUAACGUAAUAGGAAAGAAACAAGAAUCAAAAACAUCAAACUAUAUUAAGUGACAAUCCGCAAUGGGUAAUAUAUAAAACAGGAAAUCAAAAAUGCAUUGGGGCACAGAUCCUUCACUACUUGAAGGCAGCAUUGGGGGGGGGAUGGGGCACAAUUGGUAGUUAUUAAGUAUUGUUUUUUAAAAUAUCCCCCCUCAAGAAAGCAGCAGAUAGAUGAGAGCUCUUGCUCUCUGUGGAACUAUCCUGUGAGAGAGUCUGGAUAGUAAUUUGAACAUUCCCUCACCGACCCUUUUUCUUUGCUGCUCAGGACUCUAUGGUCAAGAUGCCCGUGAAGCGACACUGCUGGACAUGGUGAAUGAUGGAGUGGAGGACCUGCGUAUUAAAUAUGGCCGCCUCAUCUAUCAAAACUAUGUGAGCUUGGGUGUGGGAGGGCUUGAGUUUGCUUCCAUACACUGAAAUUGAGAGCUCCGUCCCCUUAAUAGACUCUUGAAAUAUCUGUCAACUAAGUAGGGUGAUGGAGAGAUGUCUUUUUUUAAAAAAAAACCCAAUCUUUAUUAAAUAUAUUUCACAAAAUUAUACAACAAUAUAUUAUAUUACAAUUUGUAUCCCAUCCCAUACAGCAAAAAAAUUAAAAAUACAAGAAAUUUUAAAAAGACCUAAAAUAGACUUCCAAAUGUUUAAGUAUGAUCCACUCUCUAAUCCAUGACAGCCCAGCCACAGCGUGAUAGAGUUCAAAAUCAGGUAGAGCAACUCCCCUCUCUCCCUCUGGUCAAUAAGAAUAAGAUGUUUUAUUCUUGGCCUUUUACCAUUCCAUAUAAAACUUGUGAUGUCCCUUCUCCAGUUUUGAAAACAGUUCAUACCUCCUAAAAUGGGAAUGGUUUGAAAUAAGAAAAUCAUUUUCAGUAAAACAUUCAUCUUAACUGCCAAUAUCCUACCUCAAAGGGAGAGGUGGAGUUUUCUCCAGAUUUCCAAGCUUUUCUUAAUUUCAUUCCAUGUUUUUAUAUAGUUUUCUUGAUACAAGUCUACGCAUUUAGCAGAUAACCAAACUCCUAAGUCUUUUACAUUGUUCUUAAUCUCUAGACCCGUGCUUUCUUGUAGAUCUUCCUUCUCUUCUAGGCUCAUGUUCUUAACCAACAAAUUAGUUUUUUUGUAAUUUAAUCUAAAUCCCGCUUGUUUACCAUUUUUUAUUUUUUAUUUUUUUGCUGUGGGGAUACUCUUUGGGGUUUUCAGUUGUUAUUAUAAGAUCAUCUGCAUAUGCUCUUACCUUAUAUGUUUUUCUCCCAACUUAAUUCCUUUUAUUUUUUCCUCAAAUUUUCAUUUUUGGAAAUCGUUUUUGGAGAGAUGUAUUAAACAUGUGGGUUUUACUGACGGAACGUUCUUGAUCAGGGGAGGAAAACCUGUUGGACUAGAACUCCCAUAAUCCCUGACCUUUGGCCAUAACAGUUUAGGUGACAGGAAUUGGAGUCAGACAACUUCCGGGGUUCCCCACCUUGGCCUAGAUGCUUGCAGCCCCAACAUUCAAGCCUAUAAUCCAAAUGUGUGCAGUUCAGAUGAUCACUCCCAAGUUGCAAAUGGUCCUUGAUAAAAGGGACAAGUUGGGAGAGAGUAGAGUGGUUUGCCCGAGGGCAUGGCUGUUUGUGCUUCCUGUAAGAGGAGGAUGGGGAACCCAUAGCCCUAUGCAUGUUGUUGGGUUUCAACUCCCAUCAUCUUGAUCAUUGGCUGUGCUAGCUGAGAUAGAGGGGAGUUGGAGUCAAACACCCCUGGAGGACCACAGAUUCCCUACUCCCGCUGUAAGGAAAGAGCACUGCUGGGAGCCAAGAAAAUGCAGGUUCCUUGCUUCCACUGCAAUGAGUCGUGUCAGCCAGGCUCGGAGCUCUCUUCUAGCAGAAUGGAAGAAGCAACGAGGCUUUUCUCUAUCUGAUUAUUGUACCUUGACAGGAGGGUGGCAAAGCUGACUAUAUUAAGGCCUUGCCGGGAGAGCUGCGUCCUUUUGAGAACCUUCUGGCUCAGAAUGAUGGUGGGAAGACCUUCAUUGUAGGCAAACAGGUAAGGCAAUCUGCCUGCUGGAGAUCCAGUCGUGGGUUGGUCUUGUCCAAUAGGGGGUUUCACAUCUCAGGAAAGAUUUUUCAUGGAAACCCCUGCUGAAAGAAGGGGCGUGAGGCUUCGUUUUACUAGCACCUUGCAAGGUGCCUUGUAGUGCUGUUUUCAGGUCUUCAAAGCAUAUUUCACCUGAUAUCAUUGUGAUGACAGGUGAGUGACAAGAUGGCCAAUUUGCUCAGGAGGAUGAUCCUGAUAAGGAUCCCUCUGCUUGCUAUAGUUCUUUACUUCAUCAGCUUGUACUUUGUUUUCAAUCCUCCAUCCAGAGCUGUUCCUAGUCCAUGGUAUAUAUUUUUAAAAAAUCAAAACUAAGGGUGCAAAGGAAGAAUCGGGAGCACAUUUUGAGUGCACUCAGGUGACAUCAGGCGAUUGACAGAUGGGCCAGCCUGCCCAACCUGUCCAAUGUGGCAUGUGAAGGAUGGGCUAGUUCACCCCCCCCCCCCCCCGCUGUAAAUUAAGUCUUGUCACUCAACAGCAGACCUGGCUCCAGGUUUGCCAGAGCAAGUAAAGUGUCCCCUACUAGGCCGCCACCUCGACCAGUGGGCUUUCUUGCCAGGUCAGAGAAAAACAAUAUUCUGCAGUGGUCCUAGCAGUUGCCCAAAGGUGCCAGGGGCUGAUGCUGAUUCUGCCCAGAAAUCUACAUUCCGUGACCAAUAAAUGAUGUAUUCUGGGAUCUAUGUAAAUUAUGCAUGUUGUGUCAAGGGAGGGGCAAAAAUCAAUUCAGGCCACUGAAACCACGUCCCUAGUUGCCAGAACCUUAUGUAACCACUCACUCAGGCUACUGAGAUUUUGCUACUUGUUGCCUCUAUGCUUCCAAGCCUCUCACCAUAGCCAUAAGAACUAGAACAUUUGCUUUUUUAAAAAAGCGCUUUCAUGUUUUUAUUAAAAAUGGGACAUUUUCAGAAUUAUAGGAGUGAAAAACCGUUGUUUGGGACCUCUAUUCGCACUGUUCAAAACUUGACAGAACUGCUUUUAAAAACAGUUUAAAAGAAAACUGAGAUUCUGUACCCAAUUCUGACUUCUGUGCUUUCCUGCAAUUCCACAGAAUUAUUGCACACAAAAAAUCCUGCCUCUGCUGUAGGAGGUGUGCAGCCAAAAAUGUGGUAGAGAUUAUCCCUGCAGUGGCUUGUCUUGUAUUCAGUUUACAUGCAUGCUCUGGUGUGUUUUACUAUAGUAUGCUGUGACACACCCACACCAUGUGAACUUCCCCCUGCUUAAGCUACAUCUAAUGUAUUGAGGAAGGAUGGUGUUUUAUACUUGACUGGCCCUUUCUCUCUCACCCACUGACACCUGCCUCUUUUGUUUUCUUCCUCCUCCAGAUCUCCUUUGCUGACUACAAUCUGCUUGAUCUAUUAAAUGUGCAUUUGGUCCUGGCCCCUGACUGCCUGGCUUCCCUCCCCUUGCUGGCUAGCUAUGUGCAGCGGCUCAACGCCCGACCGCUCCUCAAAGCUUUCUUGGAGUCUGAUGCCCACAAGCAGCGCCCCAUCAAUGGGAAUGGCAAGCAAUGA